GCAGAUCAUCCACUUUAACUAGGUCUAGUGUCUGUCAUGUACAAUGGCGGCAACAAGAACAAUGGCUACGUUACGGCACAAGAUGUGCGGUGCACAUAGGAUUUUCACAAUCAGCUCACAUGUCGUUCAGUUGGCGAUUUUGAUGAUACUGCUGCUGGGCAUGGCAAACGCCGACUGCGAGUGCGGCUAUGCCACCCCAGUGUCAAAGGAGAACGGGGAGGUUUUAUUCACAGACCUGCUCGAGACGGACUUUACACACCUCAACCACCUGCCAGACAACACCGACUGGCUGGGUCAAACGUGGAACAAGUCGAGCAAGAGUGCCCGGGGCGAGUUUGGGGAAAAGUUCUCAAAAGACAACAUCGUGCCCAAUCCUGCACGCAGCAGUCGCAUUAUUCAGUUUGAUACUGGCGCCAACGGAAAGGCGGCUGGCCUCGACCUCGUCGUCAGGAGCAAGGUGGUUGAUGACAUGGUUCCGUGUGCGGAGCUCGACUCUACGAGAAGUGACCUCCUCUGGGGUUCCUUUCGAGCUGGUCUCAAACUUACCAAGGACCCAGGCACAUGUGCGGCAUUCUUUUGGUACUACAACGAUACGCAAGAAAUCGACAUGGAGUUCCUCUCCCAGGAGUUUGAUGCCUCCAAAAAUAUCUUCCCCGUUAACUUAGUCCUGCAAUCCCGCGCAGCCGCUGAGGCGGGCUACAACGCGCAGGCGACGGGCAACUUCAAGAAGAUCAACCUCCCCUUCGACCCGGCGCAGGACUUUCACGAGUACCGCAUGGACUUUCUACCUGGGCGUGUCAUCUUCUACGCCGACGGUCAGCCGCUCGCCGAGAUGACGGGCGACGCGGUCCCCGACCACCCAGGACACCUGAUCCUGCAGCAUUGGAGCAACGGCAACGCUCUGUGGAGCGGGGGCCCUCCACCACGCGACGCUAUGCUCACCGUAGCCUACGUCAGGGCAUACUUCAACUCUUCCAGCGACGCCAGGAAGCAGGACUGGGAGAAGAGGUGUCGAGAUCCGGCUGCCCCGGGGGCAGUCUGUCACAUCCCGGAGAAGGUGAGCGUCGCGAAUCCGGCGCUGUUCAGCACCGUGGGCAACAUGGCCAAUAACCAGACGGUGUCGGCGGGUGGUUUCCAAGCGUCCAGGUCCCUGGCGGCUGGCGCGAAUGCUGUGUCGUGGUUCGCUGUGGUUGUUGCGCUGCUCUGCACCGGUUUCUGUUCCGAGCUGUGUUGACUGAUGGAGUUUACUCGGGUGCUGGUUUUGGUGAUGGGUUCCUCUGGCGUUGAUUUAGGGUCACGAAGCGUGUCAUUGCUCUUUUUCUUCUUCUUCUUUUUUUUUUUUUUUUCCUUGCG